CAAGCGGAUGUUCCUAGAAGCUUCCGGUAGCCGGCUAAUGAAGGAGUUAUGGCUAAACAUCAUCCUGAUUUGAUCUUCUGCCGCAAGCAGGCCGGUGUUGCCAUCGGAAGACUGUGUGAAAAAUGUGAUGGCAAGUGUGUGAUCUGUGACUCCUAUGUGCGCCCUUGCACCCUGGUGCGCAUUUGUGAUGAGUGUAACUAUGGAUCUUACCAGGGCCGCUGUGUCAUCUGUGGAGGCCCUGGAGUCUCUGACGCCUACUAUUGUAAAGAGUGCACUAUCCAGGAGAAGGAUAGAGAUGGUUGCCCAAAGAUUGUCAAUUUGGGGAGCUCUAAGACAGAUCUGUUCUAUGAACGUAAAAAAUACGGCUUCAAGAAGAGGUGAUGAGCAGGUGAGCCCAGCCUCCUGCCAUCGAGCUACUGCGGCUGCCAGAAAAGACAUCUACCACCAGCAGAAAGGGAGCAAAGCCUAGCAUCACCCAAACUGCCUAGCCAGUGCAUGGGCACUUGCCAGCCUUUCCUUCCCACACCCAGAUGGGUUGGGGAUGGAGUAAGAUUCUUCAGAGAGCAGUCUGACAAAUGAUCAGAAAUGAAUAGGUUCAUGAUUUUUCUUGAAUGCAAGGACCUAGCUCUGUUCUCCCCAUUGCUAUCUCUCUGCACCAAGACCUAAACAAGAAUAAGGUCCUUUCAGCCUUCUCUCUGAGGAAUUGGGAGUGAAGCCACCCCUAGUGAAAAGCAUGUUCUUCUAGCCCCCGCUGAUGGCACUUGCCCUUGAUGGCCCUCUCAGUGGCGGGGUGCCAUGGGACUCCAAAUGUGACGUGAGCUUUUGAUCUUGUAGCGCUCACCAGGUGGUGCUGGUUUCAGGUUAUUUUUCUGCUGAGAAAUUGGAAACCCUUUCUGUUGCUAUUGUUUAAUAAAGUUGGUGUUUAUUUUCUGGUAGUGA